CUGACUGUUGGCAACCGUUUCUAGAAUGCACUUAUUCACAAGUGAAAUAGCUGCAAUCAAGAGUGAACUAAAUGUGAUAAAACCAAAGCAAGAAGAAAUUACAAAAUUGAUGGCUGAAAAUAUUUUACUAUUGCGUCGAAAUUUGGGUGUCUUCGAAUUAACGAAAACAGUAUUCCCCAUACAAUCCGUAGAUCAACUCGAAAAAAUAGAGAACGAUUUAAAAACGGACAAGCAAUUAGAUAUUAUUGGAACAAUCAAAGACAUUCUAUGCGGCAGUCUAAAGAACCUGGGAAAAAUCUUGGACAAAAGGAUUAUAAUGACUUACAACUAUGAUGGUAUGAAAGGAAAGAAAUCAUUAAAAAGCUAUGAAAGUCUUAUGAAUGCGGUCUUUGAAGCAACGAAAGAUGAAGGCGUGACUUAUGAUGAUUUCGUCAAAGAUUUUCGUAACACAAUACGAAGAAUUAAAAAUACUUACCACAAGGGAAAAGCCAGAUCUAAAAAUCCUGAGAAGAAAAGUAAUGAUUUAUAAGACUAAAAAGAAGGAGUUGAGGCUUUCAAUAUUAUUUAGAGUUAGAUAAGAGAUAUAAGUUAUUUACAUGUUACCAUACCAUGCAUA